CGCUGCAGCUGCCGGGCGUGCGGAGCGGGCGUGGGGAUCCCCGGGCUGGGCUGGGCAGGGCGCCCCGGAGCCCCCCCCGCGCCCCCAUGUUCGCCUUUUACUCGCUGCUGGUCUACAUCGUGUACGCGCUGCUGCGCCGCGGCCCGCGGCCGCUCCCCCCGCCGCAGGGCCCGGAUGCCUUCUCCGUGGAGCCGCCAAGGCGGCGCAGGCUGUGUGAGGAGCUGUGGCCGGAGCUGCCGGAGCUGGACAGCAGCUCCGAGAGUGACCGAGGCAGUGGCACGGAGGAGGAGGAGGAGGCUGGCCCUGACAGCGGGUUUCUGGAGGAUGCCACCACCCCGCUCACCGAAUUCCUGUCCCUCAAGCGGGAAGCUGCCGAGAGGAAGCUCUGCCCAGCGGACACAGAGGCCUCUGGCGGGAAGCUCCCCGACUCCCCUCUCAUCUCGGUGAUGUCCCACCUCCUCUCCUUCCUGGAGCACUACGGGCAGAUGCAGCGGCUGCAGGAGCAAGCCGGGGAGUACCGCUCCCGCCUACGCCGGGAGGAGAGCCGGCGCCGGAAGCAGCUGCGGACGCUGAGGAGGGCCUACAGGCAGCAGGUGCAGGACAAGCUGAGCGUCAUCGAGAGCCUGGAGGGCGUCAUCUGCGAGCAGCAGAACGUCAUGGAGACGCUGCACGGUAUGAAGCUGCCCUCCACUUGCCCCCUGUACCCGUGUCCGCCUGUGUCCCCCGUGGGCGUGCACCGGCUGGUGGAAUCCAUCAGUGCCCUGCAGGGGGAGAGGAACAAGCUGCUGGAGGAGAUCACAGGCCUGAGGCAGCAGCUGGAAGAGGAGGAGAAGGAGAAGCAGCAGCUGGCAGGGAGCUUCGACCUGCAGGUCCAAGAGCUGAAGCAGCAGAUUGAGGAGCGAGAGGAGGAGCUGACACGGCUGCGCACGGGGAUGGUGAGAAGGACACUCCCACCCCACCCCUGUCCCCUUUGCCUCUGUCCCCCGCCCCAGCCCCGUCCCCUCUGCCUCCUCUCCUAGGCCUGUCCCUUCUGUCCCCGAAC